UCCACCCACAACUUGCAGGCGAGAAAUGUGGUUCGUCUUCUUCUACGACGAAGAACAGAAAGAGCUCGGACGCCAAAAGGCACCUGGCGCUUGCCCUUACUGCUCCGGCAAGGUCGAAGCCGUCGACGUCGAGAUUCAGUGGCGCCUCUGUUUCCUGCCUAUGUGCUUCAAGAUCAAACGCAAGUAUUUCUGCACUCUCUGUUCCAAACGCUUAGAACUCUUUUAUUAGCCGCCGGCGAAUCUUAGCUGAUCUGCGAUUUUCUGAAAGCUUCUAGAACCUCAACCGCAACGAGAUCCGCUUCUUGAUGUGUAUAUGAGUAGGGAUUCCCAAGUUAUAAAUGAAUAUGCCCUUUUUCUUUCUUUCUUGCUUGCUAAUUUUGACCGGGGAUUUUGAUCGCCGUUGAGAUUGUUUGUCUUUAAUGUUACUCAUCGAUUGACUGGAGAUGCGGGAGCUUUCGAUUUUUCUCUCUCUGUUUUCUUCCCCUGCUUAAAUCCUCUUGUCUCUUGUAAUUAGGCUCAAGUUUUGUUGAUAUAAAGACAAAAACACCUUCGUCUCCAUC